UGGCCAGCCUGCGUCGUUGCCGGUUCCUUCGAAGGUGUAAAGUUAAUCGUUUCAGGUCAGCUCGGAUUAUGUGUUCAAGCUACCGCUUGAGAAAGCUGUAAGAGAUCUUGCUGGUAGAUGGCGCUUUGCUGUACUUGUAGAUAAGGUACUGCGCGAUAUCAGCGCUUCGUUGAAGUUCUCAGCAUCUUCGACCCUUGCAACGGGCAAGUCUGCAUCCGGCACAAACUUCCCUAUGUCAGCAUUUUCGGCACUCACUAAACUUGUGCCUUUCGGCAGUGCCAACACUUACUAGACAUACCGGGUCCCUUUAACCCGACACACCUGGUUUUGCACUGACUGUGCGGGGUUGGUGGGAAGUCAUUGAUGUUCCUUUCCAACAUGACUCAAAUCAUGUCUUCAGCGCUGGCCCAUGUCCACAAUAUCUCACAAUGGAGCCGUCCAACCUCGACAAGCAAUUUGGGCGCACGACGGAGGAGCCCAGGUAUCUGGACUUCAAACAUAGCCAACCUGGCCAGUCCGGACUGAACAAGUUCUCUUCCACUCUGACCCGCGAACAUGACUUCCCAGCAGCACAGGCUAUGCUGUAUGCCGCUGGCGUACCAGACGAACUUACCCUCAAGAACUUCCCACAAGUUGGUAUUGCUUCGGUGUGGUGGGAGGGUAACCCAUGCAACAUGCACCUGCUUGAUCUCGGCAAGGAAGUGAAGCGGUCGAUACAGGCUCAGGACAUGCUAGCAUGGCAAUACAACACUAUUGGUGUCUCGGAUGGCAUCACUAUGGGCGGCGAUGGCAUGCGAUUCAGCCUGCAGACUCGGGAAAUUAUUGCAGAUUCGAUUGAGACUGUGACCUGUGCCCAGUUCCAUGACGCUUGCAUUACCAUUCCCGGAUGCGACAAGAACAUGCCUGGGUGCGUGAUGGGCAUGGCAAGGCACAACAGACCUUCGAUCAUGGUCUAUGGCGGUACUAUAAACCCUGGCUACUCCGGUCUUCUCCAAAAGACCAUCAACAUAACCACCGCAUUGGAAGCACACGGAGCGUACCUAUACGACAGCCUGAAGAAUCCCAACGAUCCGUCACAGACAAAGGAUGAGAUUCUAUCCGACCUGGAGAAGCAUGCGUGUCCCGGUCAAGGCGCUUGCGGCGGCAUGUUCACUGCGAACACUAUGGCGACAGCGAUUGAAACGCUCGGGCUGUCUCUACCAGGCUCGGCUUCCACACCCGCCACCAGUCCCGAAAAGAUGCGCGAAUGUCAGAAAGUGGCCAAAGCGAUCAAAGUGUGCAUGGAGCAGGACAUUACGCCGAGGAAGUGUCUCACGAAGAAGUCGUUCGAAAAUGCCUUGGUCAUGAUGAUGGCCUUGGGUGGGAGCACGAACGGUGUGCUGCACUUGCUUGCCAUGGCCGGCACAGCUGGCGUUGAUCUAAGUCUCGAUGACUUCCAGAAAGUUUCGAAUCGCAUACCCUUCAUCGCAGAUUUGGCACCCUCCGGCAAGCACCUCAUGGCCGAUCUCUACGAGAUUGGCGGGGUGUCAAGCGUGCACAAACUGCUCAUUGCUGCUGGGCUCUUGGAUGGCAGCACUAUCACUGUAACCGGUAAGACUUUAGCGGAGAAUGUAGAGAGCUGGCCAAGUCUAAAGCAGGGCCAAGAGAUCAUUCGCUCGUUAGACAAUCCCAUCAAGCCGACCGGUCACAUUGAGAUUCUGUACGGUAACCUCGCACCACAGGGUGCUGUGGCUAAGAUCACUGGCAAAGAAGGCAUGAGCUUUACAGGCAAAGCUCGCGUCUUCAACAAGGAGCACGAGCUCGAUGACGCGCUCAACAAAGGUCAAAUCCCAAAGACCGAAAAUCUAGUUCUCAUAGUUCGCUUUGAAGGUCCGAAGGGUGGCCCUGGCAUGCCCGAGCAACUCAAAGCCUCCGCCGCUAUCAUGGGUGCCGGCCUCAAGAACGUCGCCCUCAUCACUGACGGACGGUAUUCGGGUGCUUCGCACGGCUUUAUUGUCGGGCACAUCACGCCCGAGGCGGCGGUAGGCGGGCCUAUCGCGGUAGUACAGGAUGGCGAUAUGGUGACAAUAGAUGCGAAUAAGCAUACCCUUGAUAUGGAUGUGAGUCAGGAAGAGAUUGAAAGGAGGCUGCAGGCGUGGCGACCACCAAGGAUGCCGGUGACGAGAGGCGUGUUAGCCAAGUAUGCACACCUUGUCGGCGACGCGAGUCGAGGAGCGAUGACAGAUUUGUUCUGAUCCCUGCAUAUACAUGCUCCUGUAUAUACCUUUCAAAAGUGUUAUAUUCUCUAAAAGUGUUACUGGACAGACGCACAGGAACGAUAUCUU